GACAUUUGAUAUCCAAGCUACAGAUAACAACUCGUCUCCCACUUUUAAAGAAGAUAGUAGUCUUGUAGUUCUUUUAGAUUUUAUUAUUUUUUUCACAGCAGCAUAUUUACCUGAAUUUAUUACAGAGCGUCCAAAUGCAAAUUCUCUGGAAAUAAAUGUAGAUAUUUUAGAAGCAGAUAAGGCAGAUGAAGCUGAAGCAGAUGAGGCAGAUGAAGCUGAAGCAGAGGAAGCAAAGGAAGCAGAGGAAGCAGAAAAAACAAAGGAAGCAGAAGAAGCAGAAAUAGUUGUAGAUCAACAUGUAUUACAUGUAAUGCAAAUUCAAGAGGUUAGUUUAGAGCAGAUUCUAUCAUUUUUCUGA